CCUCGUGCUGCCAGCACGGCGCACGUCCCCUCCCUUCUAGACAGAGACAACAACAUACCUUAAUAGGGGCGCGUCUCCGACACAGCCACCGACCAAUAACCCGUCUCUGUCUGAGCUAGCACCGAGGGGAUGAACGCUUGUCGAGGCCCAAUCAGCGCCUUUGUGUUGUUUGCCGGUGCCGGAGACUGGUUGUGAGGAGCAAUUGCAGCGCUUCAGGAUUUGACAGUAAACCGGGAGCCUGUGGAAACCGAGGGGUAAAGGCGAGACAGGAUGGAGCGGAUGUCCGAAGAGGCCCUGCGCCUGAACCUGCUGAAGCGCGGCCUGGAGACGUCUGCUGAGCGCGAGGAGGCCCUGGCCAAGCGCCUCAAGAUGGAGGGCCACGAGGCCAUGGAGCGCCUCAAGAUGCUCGCCCUGCUCAAGCGCAAGGACCUGGCCGACCUGGCGGCCCUGGAGGGGGCGGCGGCGGCGGCCGGGUCCCUGGGGGACGGGAAGGGGCCUGGGAUCAGCAGCCAGCACCAUCACCACCAACACCACCACCAGCAGCAGCAGCAGCAGCAGCAGCAGCAGCAGCACCAGAGCAUCAUGGGCGCCAGCGCGGCCUACGAGGAGAAGCUGAACGGCAGCCUGCGAGCGGGCGGCCACGGGGAGCUCAGCAAGAACGGGAAGGAGAACAUGAUGGACGAACCGGUGGACAUGAGCGCCAGUCGGAGAUGCGAGGCGGCCUGCGAGAGGCGCUCUCUCUCCCCGGACGUGAUCGUCCUGUCUGACAACGAGGCCACCAGUCCCAGGAGCAGCCCCCGCCCCGAGGAGAGACUGCACCAGGCCAACAGGGAGAUCUUCAGGGGGAAGACGGGCGUGGAGAGGCAGCAGAUGAUCAAGGUGCUGCGGGAGGAGCUGCGUCUGGAGGAGGCGCGCCUGGUGCUGCUGAAGAAGCUGCGUCAGAGCCAGAUGCAGAAGGAGAACGUGGUUCAAAAGGUCCCGGUGGUGCAGAAUGCCUCGUCUCUGCAGCCAACACCCAUUCACAGUUCUCAGGGGAUGGGGAAGCUGCCUGUUCGACCCGGCCUCAAUGCCGCAGAUCCCCAGAAUCUACGCAAUGUGCAGGGUCACUCAGUCAUCAGGUCAGCAGCCAACGCCAGCAACAUGCCCCAGAUGGUGAUGUCCCAGAGGGUUCUGGCGCCCAACCCCACCCAGCUGCAGGGCCAGCGGCUGAUGGGGAAGCCGGGGAUGGUCCGCACCAGCUCCGGCAUCAUGAACAACUCUGUGAGCUACCAGCAGGCUACCAGUCAGCAGGUGGCCGCCUCCCAGCGCACCGGCUCCAACGCCAUGUACAUGAACCUGGCCCAGAUGCAGGCCGCCGCCGCCGCCGCCGCCGCCGGGGCCAGCAGCGCCAGCGGCGGCGGCCUCGGAGGGGGCCUCGGAGGGGGUGGGGCCGCCAUCAGCCCCUCGUCGAUGCCCAGCGCGGCAGGGAGCGGGGUGAACUCCAUCGCCGACCAGGCCAGCAGCCAGGCGGCCGCCAAGCUGGCCCUGCGCAAGCAGCUGGAGAAGACGCUGCUGGAGAUCCCCCCGCCCAAACCCCCGGCGCCGCUGCUCCACUUCCUGCCGUCGGCCGCCAACAGCGAGUUCAUCUACAUGGUGGGGCUGGAGGAGGUGGUGCAGAGCGUCAUCGACAGCCAGGGGAAGCUGCGGGGGACGCUGUCCCGCAUGGAGCCCUUCUACUGCGCCCAGUGCAGGACCGACUUCACCCCCCACUGGAAGCAGGAGAAGAGCGGGCGGAUCCUCUGCGAGCAGUGCAUGACCUCCAACCAGAAGAAGGCUCUGAAGGCGGAGCACACCAACCGCCUGAAGAACGCCUUCGUCAAGGCCCUGCAGCAGGAGCAGGAGAUCGAGCAGAGGCUGCAGCAGCAGGCCGCCCUGUCCCCCAGCACAGCCCAGAACACGGGGCAGAACGCCAGCAAGCCAGAGUCCAUGAUACGACAUCACGCUCUCCGUCAGGCGCCACAGCCCCAGGCCCAGAUGCAGCGGGGGAUGUCCAGCUCGGCGCGCGGCGUCCUGUCCAACUUCGCCCAGGCCUCCCAGCUGUCGGUGGCCACCAGCCUGAUGGGCAUGACGGGUGCCAAGCGCUGCACCAGCGGGGGCGGCGGCGGCGGCAACGGCGGGCCCGGGGGCAGCAGCGGCGGCGGCGGCGGCAGCAACCGGCUGCAGCACGACAGCCGACGCCAGAUCUACAACAUCCCUGGGUUAAACAUUGCCUACCUGAACCCAGCCGCUGUUGGAAGCCACAAGAGUCCCAGCUUAGCCGACCGGCAAAGGGAGUACCUUUUGGACAUGAUCCCACCUCGCUCCAUCUCACAGUCCAUCUCUGGACAGAAGUAGUCCUCUCGCCCCCCUCCCACUAACUCCUUUAAAAACCACCCUGACACUGCACUCUCCCCUCAAUCAACAUGCCCCUACCCAUAGCAUGCAGUGCCUGUCCAUGUGCCUACCUUAAACUAACCCCAGAGAACAGCAAUCAGCAAGACAAAUACACCAAACUUGUCGGUCCACCCAAAAUGUCUUACUUUAUAAUUGUUUGACGAGGUUGUUAAAUUAUGAACCUGUUGUGAUUAUUCUAUGCUGUGUUUUCUAAGUAUCACAGCCACGUUCCUUUUUGUUGGCGUUUUUUUCAUUUUGCUUUUUCAGCCCUGUUUGCGAGAGGGACUCUUAUGGAUGGCUUUGAUCCCACGGGUGCUCGUACAGGGAGGCUCCCAGGAAGUUGUUGAACGGGACGCGAUGAGUUGGCAGUGUGUUUGCGAGAGCGCUCCUGACCAGGCCACACAAAGCAUUUCUCAGUGUUAGUCUGACUUUUGGAGUUCAUUCUGAAAUCCAUUGAGCUCGAAAUUAAAAGCUAGUGUUGCAGAAUAACGUGUACCAUACGGUUUAAAAUAUGAAACAGAUCUUUUUAUACCUACACAACCUAAUGAAUUAAGGAUAAAUUAUUUGGUGCAUGUCAAUAUUUAGUUGAACAACACAAAUGAGCUCAUUUUAGCCAUAUCAUCUACACAAAAUAGGAUGUUAAAUAGAUAGUAUUUGCAUUGAUUGAGUACAUGAGCCUGAACUAGUCGGUUUGCAAGUUAAGACUGGAGGGAUGAAUGUUUAUGCGUUCUGGCUACUGGAAACCGGGCAGGUCAGGGACAGCACACACAGGCUUACCCACACACCACCUUCAAAUAUAUUAGCCAUUCUUCAGAGAGCCACACACUCAAGUGCAGAGUGAAGCCAGCGAUUUUAGCCAGCUUUUACAUUUCUGUUGUAUCCCUUCUCUAAUUGUAGCAUCUAAUUGUUGUAGCAUUAACGAACGCAGAAGAAUCCAAGCCUUGGCAGAUUAUGUCAAUUUGAUUUGUUGCUCUUCAUAUAGAGAUCCUUAAUUUUGUCUUUGUGUGUACAGCUGUAGAGCGUGUAUGGCUUUUGUGGCCGUCAUUAUACCUUCCAUUGUUUGGUUCAGUUCACCUCCAUGCAUGAUGGGAAUCUUCUAAAGAGACUAAACAUGUUAUUAAACCUUAAUUGUGAAUGUGGGUGGGUUCUCUCCACUAAAGUCAUACAUUCUGCCAAUAGGUCAAUAGGAUGGAAUUGAGUGAAUAUUGAUUGCUAACAACUUCACUCUUGUCGUUUUUCUGCAUAUUUUUCACCAUAAAUGGCACUGGCAGCGUCUCGGAAGUAAUACUACGGCUAUUCAAACCGUUCGUUUUUAAGAGCUAUAUAAUGCUGUUAAAAACAUGCAUUUAACAAAGCUAUACACGGCUACACAAGUUAUACACAUCAACAAUUUUGAAGACCUAGGGAUUCAACAGUAAUAAGUACACUGUUUCGUUCACCAUGGCGUCCACAGGGAUGUUUCCAGUUCACUAAAGUCCAUGCCUAUGGUCUCUGGUCUGUGCAUUGCACUUAUUAAGCUCAAUAAGUGUUUGUGAUAGUCGUUAUUUUUUUCGUGGUUGAACAUUAUCUGUGUGAUAAAUCGAUAAGCUUGUAAAAUAAUACAAUUGGUAUCAAUUAUUUCAACAUUUUAAUACAGCAAAAAAUUAGAUUAUGCAUAUUUCCCUGCAGAGAUUGUACGGAAGCCUCUAGCCACUACACCAGAUUUGAUGGACAACCCAGAAAAGCACCAGGGGUCUCAUUUAUAACCGUUGCGAACGCACAAAACUGGGCUGAAAUUGGCGUUCGUGACUUUCCACGCCAAGGUUGUGAUCUAUUAAAAACUAACUUGACGGGAGAAUGUGCGCAGCCCUAAGCAAACUCUGACCCAUGCGUACGCAUGGUUUGGAGGAAAAGGAGAAUUGGCGACACAGACGGUGUGGUGGUGAACUGAAGUCAGACAGAAGAAAUGUAGAGAAGAACGAUUAUGUUUUAUCAUCGCCUUUCAUACGAUUAAUUUCAACCCGUAUCAUGCGUUAAAUCUAUGUACCGGUAAUCAGAAUAAUUUAAGUCAACUGCGUUAUUUCUCAGUUAUAACUCCAGAAACAUCUCCUUAGAACGAAAUCAAAAUUCUAAAUCAAAAUUCUCUCUAUUUAAUCCCGUCACUCCAUACUGUCCAACAUGCGUCAAUAACAUAAUAUUUUUGUGACACUGUAAACACAUACUCGAAUGUCAAUGAAAUCCCAAGUGUGGAAAACCAAGCCACAUACUCCUCAUCACAAUCGUUAUAUUAUUGUCCGUUCCUCUUGAUGCUUUUCAUGACAAAUCAGGCAUUAAAAAGGGGUUAUGUUCAAAAACAUUUUACGUGGCUGAUUACAAACUGAUUAUCCAAGGUGUUCUCGGUCAGUCUUUUUACCGUAACCCUAUAAAUACAGCGGUGAGCCCCGUGCGUAAUGCUGCACCAUAGCACUGCUGGCACUGCUGGAGGAACAUGCUUUUCUCAGUCCUUCUGCCAUUGUUUCCGACAAGACAUAAUACUUGCGUUUGAGUCUGUUUUUUAUAUGCAGAUCGCAUUCAUGAGGUAGUUUGCAAUGACCAUUUAUGGUUAAAAAGGGGCGUGUACAGGGCGGAACGUGAAGCUCGAUUCAGCUGCGCACACUUGUAGGCACUCUGUGAUUUAUAAAGCAUAUAUUGCUUUUGGGCAUACGUACACUUUUAGUAACGAUCCCACGCACAGUUUUAUAAAUGAGACCCCUGGGCAGUCAAAUUCAGCCUGUGGCCGAGAAGACGGCUAUGUGUAUUUGUUUCUAUACCCCAACACUUUCUCUGCUCACAGUCACCCCCUCAGAAUAGUCAUGGUUAAGAGGCGUUUAUAGAUCAACAAAGAUAUAUAAAUGUGUAGAAAAGAUACAUCGUCCCCAUUUUAUUUAGCAGUAAAACUCUUGACCAAUUUUAAUCAGCUAUAUCAACUAUAGCGCAAAUAUAAUGAAUGACAUAGAUCAUUUAAUUGCUAUUAAAAUAGUUGUUCAAGACCUAAUGUGAUUCUGACCGUCGUUCAUACGGUAGUGACGGCUACUAAAAACUAAUUUAAGUGUCUGCAAUAAUGGGCGAUAAUGGGCAAAUUACAAAGAUGUAGUCAGCAAAGAACUGAACGCCAGCAGUAAGUCAACAUUUAAUUUGAACAUUCGGUUCGGCAAGGGUUAUCAUUUAGCUUUUAGUGUAUGGUUAUUGGCUCCUCUGAGUGGUGCACUUCCAGCGCAUUGAGGGUAGGAUGCUGCAUUUAGAGGGUUAACGCGAUGUGUGGAUUUAUGUUGUUCAUUUCAAAUUGCGUUUAAUGUCGUACAAGUGUUCCACUGAAGAGUUUGAGAACGCUUGCCUGCCUUGCCUCCUCCUUCCCCCCUGCGUGUGGUUAUUUGUUAGAACUAGUUGUAUGCAUAGUGCAAGCGCUUCAUCAGAAUUCAAAUGCUGGCAUCGACACUGCUCACAAUAGGUUUAUUACUCACUCCCUUGCAUUACAAUCUGGUAGGAAUGGUGGAAGGAAUUAUUUAGGCCCCAGUUCCGAAUUUGCAUUUGCUUUGUAAUUUUAUUUUUUUAUUUCAUUAGUUUGGAGAGUCGAAAACUCUUAUUACCAGAAGAACGUUUGGAGAGUCCUAUCUUGUGGGGCUGAUUUUUGGAUUUAUUUCGUUUUUGUUAAAAGUAUUUUGUUUUUAAUAUUGGCACAAUAUUGGCAUCUUAUUAUUUGUGGUACAGCGACAAAAAUGGACAUACUGCAGAACAUAAUUAGGUAGACGUAAACGUGCAAUGGUGAGAAUGAUUUCCAUGAAGACCGCUAUCCAGACUGUUAGACUUCCUUCUUUUAUUGUGCUUAGUAGUCGUAGUACUAGUAGUAGUAUUAUUAGUGGUGGUGAUAGUAGUGGUGGUAGUUGUAGUAGUAUUAGUAGUAGUAGUAGUCUAUAUUUUUUCACGUGUGAAUAUUUAGACGCGUCGGCACAUAGUUAUUUUUAGGAUAUGCAUUGUGGGAUUGUCUUUUUUCAGUUUGAUUUUUUUAUAAUUGGAAUCACUUCUUGUCGUAGAGUGACCAAUUCAAUACAAGAACACAUUGUUUGACAUUUAUAUGUGCCAUAUUGAGAAGAAUUUGCAAUAACCAAGAGCCUAGUACAGACUCCCGGCAUGCCUUCUUCAAGAACACGGAUGAACGAACAGGCCCUUGGAAACAGAAAAAUAUAAACGGAAGGCACAACAAUUUAUUAGACGUAACCAGGAAACUGAGAAUGGUGCAGUCGUAAUAUUAAGAGGCAAUCUGGGAUCAGUACUCCUGUCAACCGACCCGUGGCCAAAACUAUUGAUCCAAUACUAAGUAGUGCAUCAACAGCCUCCAUGUCCCUUGUGGUCCAGUAUGCAGACGUUUCAACUCGCUAGUUACUUGUGGUACCAUGUGUUACUUUCAAACUUGACAUAAACUUGAAUUUGAAGGUGGAAAAAGAUGCUUGUGUCGCUUAAGAAAUAGCCUUUCUACCUAGAGACAUUUUUUCUUUUUUUUUCGGGACAGUUUUCUUCUUUUUCCUGUUGUAUUAGUGUAUUCUGAUUGCUAUUUUCGCGUUGUGAAAAAUGUUUUUCUAACGUCUCCUGAAUAAAAUGGUGUUGUACCUGAGAGGUACCAAGGCCCCUUGGAGACGAUAAUCAAACGAUAUCUAUAUUGAAUAUAUAUAGAUGCCUGGCUCGAGAGGGAAAAAAUGGAUAUGGAUCUUAUCCAAUGCAAGAGAGACUUGGAUUAAUCAUUGUGUGAUCGCACACAGUUCGCCUCACUCUGGAGGAGCACUUUUCAUAUUUCCUAUUGAAAAGACUUAUUUUAAUGGAAAAGUCGUACAAUUUCAAGACAUUAGAUGGGUUGGAUAAUAUCUUAUUGUUUGUGAGAGAGUGUCGCGGGAGAUUACUGUAUGUUGUUUGUCAUUUUAGUGUAUACAUCACUUAUUAAGUCAGUUAUUUUGUUAUAGUAUUCUUUGCCUUUCUUGGAUAAAGUGUUUAGCUUUCUUCAAGUCCAAUGAUUUACAUCUUGUGCUGUUUUCCACAAAGCACUUGAAUUUUUUUCUUGUGGAGUCAUAUACACUCCAGUGUUUUCAGCGGUCCAAAUAUUUGAGCAGUGUUUAGUCGAUUUAAAGUAUUAUUCUGAAGUUGAGAAGACCACAAGAGAGCUUCAAACUCCAUAGUGGGAAAUGGUAGGAGUUACCGAUCACACAGGGCUUUCAUUUGGCAAGCUCUUCAACACUCUUUUCUGUCCCUUAUGUAUUUCAAUGUGUAAUGAGUCAGAAUUAGCUAAUAUCAUACAUUUGUUCAUUAACACAAACAGACCUAUUUUAGAAAUAUUUCUGUAAACAAAUCCAAGUAUCAUGUUUUCUUAAGCCUUGUUUUGUUGCUUGGUCUCGUAAACCUUUAAAAUGGGAAUAAGAUCUGUUAUGAGAAAAAAAUUCUGGGCUUCCCAAAAUUGCAAUUAGAGUUGUUAACGCCCAUCCCCUGGUCUGGGCAGCCAGUCUGACAUGUUUUUAAGAGUAUUAUGCUGUUUUUGUACAUGAUGAAACGCAUUGAAAUGAGAACGAGCUGCACUCAUAGCCCUAUAGCCUUGAAACUACCUAGGUUUUAAUUAAUCAGUGCAAUACAUACAUUGAAGUUUACAUUUUGAAUAAUUUGUUUUUGUGUGUCAUAUAAAAAAUGUUAAUGGUUUAAAAACAGUGUCUCCCACUUGCCCUCUCUUCCAACUGUAAAAACGUCCAGAUAACUUUGUAUCUAGAUUUCUUUUUUUAAGGUACAUUCAUAAGCUUGCCAAAACCAUUCUUUUUGUUAACAUCCCAUGGUGAAGUAAAAAAAAUCAAAAACAAAUGUAUUGACUAUAAAAUGGAACAAUAUUUGCUAUGUUGGAAGUAUUGACUUAAUGUAAAUAAGCUUUUUUCCUCCCUUGUACUAAAAAAGGAAUCAAUUUAAAUGGUUGUAUAUUGUGUAAAAACGCAAACAAAAAGCCAUGAAUAUUGUGAAGCUUGUCAUUUCGUUUUGUGAUUUCCCCGUAUAUUAUUGUGUUACAAAUGUGCAAAAUGUAUGAGAUUUAACUCUUGUUGUAGAUCUCCCAGAAUGUGUUUCCUUUUGUAUUGUUUUGGGAGGAAAGUGGUCAUUGGUUUACAGGGGAGAUAUAAUAGCAUUUGGUUCUGGUAUCGAGAGUCCCAUGCACCCCAUCCAUCCCAAGUUCUUUGUAGAAAGAAUAUGCACCAUAUUUCUUUAACUGGGCAUGUAAAGUGAAAUGCCUCUCCUACUUGGGGUUCAGGUGUGAGUAGUUGUGUACCAACAUUACCUCAAUAAUGUCAAACCAAUUCUGUUUCGGGAUACAAAUAAGCUGAUCUUGGUAUAGAUGCAUUCAGUAUUUUUACAUGAUCUCAAUUAAAUGUAUAUUCUUGGCAACAAAUUGCUCUUCUAAAGGAUAAGAAGGUAAUACUGAAUGAAAUGCUUUUGCUUAAAUACUCUAGCAUUGAAAAGGUCAAGGCUAUCCUCUCUAUUUUAAAUGUUGUAAACCAUAUAACAAAAGUGAUCACUUUUCCUAGGAGCUGGAAAAUACAAUAUGAAUAGAAAUCUGUUCUAUUGUCACAUUAGUUGCUGUUGAAAAUGCAGGGAAUAUUAAUGUUAUCGAUUAAAAUUUGACAUCAGGAGAAUGAAUGACAAUAUUAGUUAAGUAAAUUUAAUCUGAUAUUUAAUAAAUCAGUUUGUAUUUUGCUCAUGACAUUAAUCCUUACCUUUUGCACAUCCUUGAUAUUUAAAUGUCUUCAGAAAAUAAAUUUAGAUUAGCUGUUUAAAUACUGCCAAUUGAUUGAAAAAAAUUAUGCAUUGACUGAAAAAAAUAAGCUAAUUUUGAAGGAAAAACUUUGUAAUAUUUAUCUCUUGCAAGCUAUGUUUAAUAAAGGUUGAAACAAUUCUGUUAUGCAGUGUGACAUAUGUAACCGCUGACAUUUUCAUAUUACACAAAUUCCUCGCUACAAAUUAAUCUACAAAUUAAAAUAUGUGCUCCAAAACACGGCACAAGUCUCUCUCACGAGGAGGUGAUGGCAGUACAUUUGCUGUCAUCUGAGAAUGGUAAGGUUUGGUAUUUAACAUCAUAUCAAAUGACGUAUUUGGUAUAUUAUAUAAAUGUAUUUAUAUUGAACUAAUGUAAAGCUACUUUUGGUACAUUUGAAACAACAGUAUUCAAAUGUACAAACAAAAAGAAUCCCAAAUGAAAUAUAUUCCUUAUACUGAUUAUCUUUGAACUGUUUAUCAUUACUGUGAAAAAUAACAUUUGGUUUGGGUGUAAAAGGUCAUUUGAAGUUAAGCAUAGCACUGAAAAGGCAGCCAAAUUAGUUAUAGCUGUGAAGGAAUAGGAAUGGGACCUAAAUGAAACGUCAGGUGUUUGGUGGUCGGGGGUGAACUGGUCACUAGUGGGGAUCUUUUUAAAAUCUUAAUUGAGCUAACUGGUUAGGACAUUAAAAUGUCAAUCCCUAUAAUAUUGAUUGAGGCCUUGCCUCUAUGGAAAUCUUCACGUCCCUGUCUGAUCAUAUGGUUAGAUAGCUACAUUAAAAGGAUAUAAUUUUAAGUAUGCACAUGGGGCAUUACACAUAGCCCAAGUUCACAGGUAAAUCUACACUCAUUCCAAUGGUUACUCUGAACUAGGCCAACUCACAGAGGACGUCCACCAGAUAUCCAGCAGACUAAAUCUCUGCUAUGCCAUUUUUCGGUGAGUCAAAAUCCUGUGGUGUUGUGGCUUAGUGCUCUGAUAUGGGUUACCACGUGAUGAUGGGUCACAUGGGUUAUUCUGCUGUUGUGCACUACUGAGGUGCGCCGCACUUGUGCAAGAUCCGAUCCCACGUUCAAUGCCAAGGCCCGAAGACCGAAUCCAC